UCCUACACCGAGGUGAGUUUGUCGCCAGGUGUCGCAAUGGACCGCAGUGAGUCAGUGAUCGAGUGCUAGGUUUUGCCGAGUCAAAAUCUGAAGCUCGAGAUCACAGUGAGUCAGUGAAGUGAGUCAGUGAUCAGGUGCCUCAGUGAACCAAAUAGGGCUUCACGGACUCAAUCCCUGAACCUGAAAUGAGUCAGUAUGCUAGUAGACCAAACGGAGCUUCGCUAACUUAUCACUGUAUUUUAGUGUUCAGUGGAUCGCGGUACAGGAGGUGAAUCGCGGUACGGGAGGUGAAUCGCGGUACAGGAGGUGAAUCGCGGUACAGGAGGUGGAUCGUGGUACAGUAGGUGGAUCGCGGUACAGGAGGUGAACCGCGGUGCAGUUGGUGAACCAGAUGGAACAAAGAUGUCGUCGAAUUACUUUACGGAAACCCUUGUCGCUUCCAUCUACAAGAACAAGAUAAACGAGGUGCAGAAGGCGCUGACGAAGGGAGCAGAUGUGAAUGGCGGGCCGUUAGCUAGUAAAUGUCCACUCCACUACGCGACAGAGGCCAAUAAUAUCCCGUUGGUUAAGUUACUGUUACACCAUAAUGCCAACUUAGAAGUGAGAAGCAGCUUUAACGAAGGAGCGACGGCGUUGUUUCUGGCGUCAAAAGCUGGUCACCUGGACAUAAUAAAGCUACUUCUGGAAGCAGGGGCUGACGUCAACACCUUAGACGACCGCAAAAACGGACUCGCUCAGUACGCAGCUAAGGCAGGCAAAACACAGCUCCUCAAUCUACUAUCCACAUACGGUAUCGACCUGACCAUCUUAGACGAAGACCAGGGCACCUUGCUUCACCUAGCCGCUGAGAACGGUCACCUAGACACCUGUAACUUCCUGCUAACUAAGGGCCUGUCUCUCACCUAUCUGGAUAAGGUGGGACAGACACCAGCAGACAGAGCUCAAAGGAGAAAUCACCAGAAACUCUUUAGGAAUUUGAAGAAACAAGAAAAUUUGUCAAGUUCUUCGAUGAACACACAGGGAGUAGACCCCAACAGGCCCUCCCAGAGAAACGCCCGCCAGCCACUAAUCGACAAUGCUGCCAGAGGUUUGAUAAGAGCCGUAAAGACGACACUGGAAAAUGGAGAUGACAUUCAUGCAAAGAGCAACAAAAAAGAUGACCAUGGAGGACGGGCGCUGCACCUGGCCGCGGGAGCUGGUUAUGUGGACGUGGUGGUGGAACUACUGCGACAUGGUGCCAGAGUUAAUGAUGAGGACAACCUAGGGAUGACGCCCCUACACCACGCCGCUAUAAAUGGUCAUGCAGAAGUCCUGAAGAAAUUAUACGCCUUCAACCCUAACAAGGAAGCCGAGGACAAGGAAGGGCGUCGGGCAAUCCACAUCGCCGCUUCCGAGGGCCACUUACCAGCAGUACAGACGUUGUUUAGGUGGGGGUGUAGUCUCGACCCGCAGACCAAAGACGGGUCCACGCCGCUCCACCUGGCCACCGAGAACAAUAAACUGCUUGUGGUGAAAUGGCUGCUGGACCACGGCGUCUCCACUACCACCAAGAACCACCAUCAGGAGACGGCCGAACAAUGUGCCUGGAGGAAAGGAUUCAAGGACGUCAUGGACCUUCUGCAGCAGCGCAAAGCAACGUCAGCCCAGAUACAAACCGAGAUACAAUCUUCCUCGAGCUGUCAUGUCACGAAAAGACAGAAUUUACCCAGAAACACAAGUCCACGGUCUCCUGGUGGUGCAGUGGCCCUGACACCUAGUAGGGAGGCACCCCAACGACCUCAGUCAUUCCCGAGUACAGCACAACACACCCGAUUGAAUCUGUCAGCCCAGCUGUUAAUGGCAGCAGCUGAGGGCAAAGAGCGUGAGAUAGAACACUGUGUAAAAGGAGGAGGUAACAUUGAAGUGUGCAGUACACAGCCGGGGGAGGAAGGUCUGACGCCGCUACACCUGGCGUGUUGGGGAGGACACAAAGACGCUGCCGUGAAGCUGAUCAACCUGGGGGCCAACCCACAAGCUCUGGCCGGAGGGCGUCAGGCGGUACACUGGGCAGCCUAUGGAGGUCACGUGGAUGUGUUGAAGGCGCUGAGUGACCUAGGCUGUGACCUGAACGUGACCUCAGCCGACAAGUCUACGGCUCUCCACCUGGCGGCCGACAACGGUAACUUAGAGGCGGUUCAGUGGCUGGUUGAGCACGGUGCCGACAUCGAUGCCAAGAACAACAAGGGCGUCACAGCACUGGUCCUGGCGAGGGAGGGUGGACAGUCAGUAGCUUGCCAGUACCUGCAGACUGUCCAGUGUGAGGAACAACUGAUGGAAGCUGCGGCGCUAGGUGAAACAAAUAUGGUGAAUCACUUGUUAACUACAGGAGUGAGCGUCAAUGCCACCAGCCACAAGAAGCCGAUCAAAGGUAGCCGAGCCCUCCACCAGGCAGCUGACGGCGGCCAUACAACCCUAGUGAAGGUGCUGUUACAGGCUGGAGCAGAGCCGAGCGCCACGGAUGACAACGGAUUACAAGCUGUGCACCUGGCCACGCAAGCCGGACACCUGCCUGUAGUGAAGCUCCUGAUGACGUGGUUACCUGAAAAAAGUGCUGUAGCUAAAGGUAAACAGCUAGUACACUGGGCAGCUAUCGGAGGCCACGUGAAUAUUCUCGACUACCUGAAGAAGGAGAAAGUGAACAUCAAAUCUCUUACCUGCGAUAAUGAAUCAGCGCUUCACUUGGCUGCGGACAAUGGAAACCUCGAAGCUGUCAAGUGGCUGGUCCGAAUGGGUCUUAGUUUAGAUCAGAAAGACCGAAAAGACUUCACACCAGAUGAUUACGCCCUGCAGGAGGGUCAUAAGGAAGUGGUUGCGUUCCUUCGUCAGGUAGUUCUUCAGCAAGACAAGUUCCUAGACGCAGCAACUGAAGGUCUACUUAAGGUCACAGAGAACCUGGUCAACGACGGGGUCUACCUAGACUGUCGAAGGCAUAGUGACAAGUUUGGUCGGACAGCACUUCACUAUGCAGCCAGGAACGGUCACUUGGAAAUCGUUCGUUUCCUGCUGUCCAGAGGCGGUGACCCCGAGGCGGAGGACAACUUUGGAAACACAGCAGUACAUUGGGCUGCUGAGGGAGGCCACGUCCACAUCCUGAAGGUGCUGCGUGACAACAACUGUGAUUUAUCCCCAACCAACAACUUCCAAAACACGCCUCUUCACUGCGCUGCCAGAGGUAUGAUUAAAAGCUUGGGAGCCCUCAAAUGGCUGCUGGACCAAGGUGUGACACUUCGCCUGAAGAACAAAGACGGGUGUUUGGCAGUGGAUGUUGCAAAGAAUGUUGGGAAUAUUGAGGCAGAGAGCUUGAUUCACCAAUACUGGCAUGACAACAGGAAAAAGAACAAACCAGCCAUAACUCACCACACGUCGCAACAACAACAGGAGAGAGAUAGGUCGCCACGUCGUUCCCAGCAGGAGCAGCAGAAGCCAAAGGGACUAGCAAGCCUUGGGAACACCUGCUACAUGAGUUCCAUCAUCCAGUGUCUCUACAACACCUCCUGCCUCACCACCUACUUCCUCGACGACUCCUGGAGGAAGAACAUCAACAGGAGUAGUGAGUAUGGUGGGCAGGUAGCAGAGGCCUUUGGUGUAGUCAUCUCAGUGUUGCAGGCCCGGGGUGACACACACACUGCCAUGAGGGCCUUCAAGAGUAUUGUGGGGGACUAUGACACAAUGUUCAAGGGAUGUGAUCAACAGGAGGCACAUGACUUCCUCUCGAUGCUCCUCUAUGCACUGGACAAGGAUCUGCUUCAGAGGCCAGGUCAGUCACACAUCUCUGAGCUCUUCAUGGGCCUCCACCAAUUAGUGAUCACCUGUAAGGAGAAGAAUAAGAUCAUCUCUCAGGUAGAGGAACAGUUCUCUAACCUCACCCUGGCAGUCGAACCGAAGAGAGGUCACUGGGACACCUGUAAACUGGAGGAUCUCCUAGCGAAGUACUACAAGCCUCACACCAUCCAAUGGGAGUGUCCUGACUGCCAGACGACCCACGAAUGUUACAGUACCACUCAGAUCCUUCAGCUGCCUCAGAUCUUAGUGUUGCAUCUGAGCAGAUUUAACCGCGACUCCAGAGAUGGCGUCAAACUGAGGGUCACUUUCCCGCCUGACAUCCCUCUCAUGACGUCUUAUAUGAAAGAAGGAUCCAGGGAGACAGCCUACAGUUUGUACGGUGUCUGCUACCAUCAAGGCACAAUGUCGAGUGGUCACUACACUGCCACCUGCCGGGAUUGGGCCAACAAGAACACCUGGUUCAAAUUUGACGACGAGAGAGUUACCAAUCUGAGAAAGACCUUCCCAUCCCACGAAGAUGCUCACAUUUUGUUUUACGAGAAUGUGGGAGCUUAAUUUAGCCUCUGAGAGUCUUACUGGUGCUCACGUCUUGUAAGGCUACACCGUCAUUUGGGGCUCGUAUAAUUGUUGUAUUAGAGCACAGACGCUUAAAAGAACACUCUCUCUCUCUCUCUCUCUCUCUCUCUCUCUCAGCUUACAAUGUCAAAAGUGAACUACAAUAGUAUUACUUUUUGCACAUACUGUAAUCAAGAUACUUACUUAAAAAUGAGCUCCUAUCAUCUAUACGUUACUUUAUUGAGCCCAGAGACGUAAUAAAUGAGCUCCUAUCAUCUUUAACUUACUUUAUUGAGCCCAGAGACGAAGUAAAUGAGCUCCUAUCAUCUUUAACUUACUUUAUUAAGCCCAGAGACGAAAUAAAUGAGCUCCUAUCAUCUUUAACUUAUUUUAUUGAGCCCAGAGAUGAGGUGAAGCUGCCAGCGAAUAUGAAAUGACCUUGAUUGAAUGUCCAAAGCAACACUGUCAGGUGUGUCAUCUUUCAGUCAGCAAGUCUUGUGUCAGCCAGGAGGUCUUGCACUAGUGAUUGACGCUUUAUAAACCUCGUCAGGCUCUUUAAUAAUGCUUCCUCCCUGUUGAAUGUUAUAAUACUUUACGCCUAAAAUUACACAAAGGGUGCCCAAUAAACUAGCACCCGAGUUACGUAAUAUAUGAAGAUGAAAUGUAAAAAAAAAUAAUAAUAAUAAUUCUUAUAAAAAAUUGUAUAAUUAUUAAAACUGGAUAAAUUACCCCUAAAUAAUUAUUGUUAAGAUCAUGAUUAUUGUUGAUUUACUGACAGCUAUUAAUGUAAAUAAUUU